ACUUAUCGCAACAAAAGAUCUACAUUCAUUUACCAGUAUGGCUUCCCCCUCAAAGAACUUUGUUCUCUUCUUCGCGCUGAUUUUCUCAACCAUCAAUAUGAGCUUCGCAGCUCGUCAUCUGCUGCAAACAACUAUGCCAUCAAUACCGUCUCUUCCCACCAUACCAACUUUGCCAAUGUCGCUGCCUCCGUUGCCGGCCAUGCCAACAUUGCCAAAGGUCGCCAUGCCGCCAAUGCCUGCCAUCCCAACGACCCUGCCACAGCCUACACUACCGACGCUGCCCGCCACACAACCAACACUGCCCACGACAACUCUGCCGCCGCUCCCGAGCUUGCCAACCAUGCCCACCACCCAACCAACACUGCCCAAGACUACUCUGUCGCCGCUCCCGAGCUUGCCAACCGUGCCCACCACCUUGCCGCCGAUGCCAAGCAUCCCUACUUCUCUCCCUAAGAUUCCUUCCAUUCCUUUCCUCACUCCACCUCCAGCCACCAGCCCUUGAAGAUUUUAGCAUCACGUGAGGCCACCUCAUAGUAUUUUCCAAUUGUUGGCGUCUCCCCUUAUGUCCGUAAGCAUGUUCAUGUGUACGUGCGUUGUGUCAAGAGAUGUAUUUUGGGAUUCUAUUUAUCAUUCACAUUGCUUUCUGGUGAGCUCUUUUGCUACGAAUAAAUGUAUUUCCAGUAUCUUGUAUCUACCUACUAUGAUACGUAUUGAUCAGUGACUUGGCUC